GACAAAGUGAUAAAUUUGGUUUGCCGACUUGCCGUACGUGACAGAGGGGAGAGAGGGAGUAUUAUUUUGGGUCCGCUCCUUCCAUGUCUGAGCAGGGAAACAAGGGUGACGACACCUGUGCUUCAAAAGACUGCUCAUUCAGCUAAGCCCUCUCUGCCUUCUCUCUUUAUGAUACUAUCCUCUCACAUUCCUAAUGUAUAACCAACAUCCCAACCUGAGGAACGAACAAUCCCUCAAAAAGUUUGCAUCUUUUUUGACCCCUUUGGGCUAAACCCUCAAUUCAGUGAUGGGAGAUGGUUUGGUGAUUCAGGGUCUCAAUGAUUCCAAAAACGAUACGAAGAAUAAAAAUAAGAAGAAGAAGAAGCGAGGCGGGGGCAAUAAGAAGAAGAUGACCACUGAGCAGACUCUCGCCUUCGAGUCUGUGAGUGAAUGGGUUUUCCUGGAUCACCCUUCUCCUUCUUCCGAUUCAUUGUGCUUGGACGAUGAUGGUUUUAGGUUGCAGAUUAGUCCAGUGGGAACAGGUCAGGAAGAGAAGAAGGUGGUGUUUGAAUUCCAUUCGCAUUCCAAAUUCAGCGAUGGGUUCUUGUCUCCUUCCGAGUUGGUCGAGAAGGCUCACGAAAAUGGGGUUAAGGUUCUAGCUCUAACAGACCAUGACACAAUGUCCGGCAUCCCUGAGGCUCUAGAGGCAGCUCGUAAAUAUGGCAUCAAAAUUAUUCCAGGUGUUGAAAUUAGUACGAUAUUUUCUCCAAGAGGAGACUCUGAAGCAGAGGAACCAGUACACAUUUUAGCAUAUUACAGUAGCUGUGGACCAACUAGAUUUGAGGAGCUGGACAAAUUCUUAUCUAAUAUAAGGGAUGGCCGUUUUCUUCGUGCAAAGAACAUGGUCUUAAAACUGAACAAGCUCGAGUUGCCUCUUAAGUGGGAGCAUGUUUGCAGGAUUGCGGGCAAUGGGAUUGCCCCUGGGAGGCUUCACGUAGCUCGGGCUAUGCUUGAAAAGGGUUAUGUAGAAAACCUAAGACAGGCCUUUGCUCGGUAUCUUUUUGAUGGUGGACCUGCUUACUCCACGGGAAGUGAGCCUUUAGUGGAAGAAGCAAUAAAGUUGAUCUGUCAGACAGGUGGUGUAGCUGUACUAGCUCAUCCAUGGGCUCUAAAAAAUCCCGUUCCCGUCAUCAAAAGGUUAAAAGAAGCUGGCCUACAUGGAAUGGAGGUAUACAGAAGUGAUGGAAAAUUGGCAGUAUACGAUGACCUGGCAGACACUUACGGGCUUUUCAAGGUUGGUGGCUCAGACUAUCAUGGGAGGGGAGGGCGCAAUGAGUCCGAACUGGGAAGUGUGAACCUUCCAGUUCUAGUUUUGAAUGACUUCCUUAAGGUUGCUCGGCCGAUCUGGUGCAAAGCAAUCCGGGAAAUAUUUGAGAGUUAUGCUGAAGAGCCUUCUGAUUCUAAUCUAGCAAGCAUUAUGAGGUUUGGGAGAACCCUGAUUUUUAAUGGAGGUUCACCCUUGAGUCGUGGAAGGGACUUGAUUGAUCACUAUUUGCCUCUUUGGUUAACUGGUGAAGAGAUAGAAAACUCCAAGUUUGAGGCCAUAAAAUUGAAGCUUUCCAAUAUACCUGUAAGCCAAGAAGGCAUUCAGGUCCUCAUAGAGACCAAAUAGCUGUAUGUUUGUUGAUAUGUGUUGACCACUCACCAUUCAAGUAAGGCAAUCAUAGUAUUCAUUUUGUUAACUAUGUUUGCCUAUUGAUUUUUGGAAAGUUUCUCUAAUCAACAAGCAACAAGUUAUCUUAUCAUUGUUCUAAUCUGAAGUAUCAAAUGUACGUUUGCCUUGUUUGAUGCUUGAAUUCAUGAGAAAUCCAGUUUCAUUUGUCCGGAAUCUUUUAA